UGCAGAUUUAGACUAGCUGAAGUCUGGCCCUACAUAUGCUCCUCUAAACACAACAGAUCAAAAAAUCAUAUUAAAAGAUUCUUGUGUGUUUCUGCUUUAGAAUCUUGUGGGCCAAUCUUGCAGACCUCGCUCAGGCAAAACUCCUAUUGACUGUAGGUUCCAGACCGUAAUGUUUGUUUAAAAAAUAUUUAGGUGAUGUAACGUAUCUUUUAUGCAUAAUAUCUUCCAGCGCACUCUAGACUUGGAGAAACUGCAUAAUGUGGCGAAGAACAAAACAUAGCAAAGGAAAAUAUAAAGUAUUUGUGGUUGGAGGAUGUGAUGACAUCACGUUGCUCAGCGGGAACUUAGGGCUUUUAAAAAGCUGAAGGAAACAUCCUGACAGCCAGUUAUCACAUCACUUGUAAAGGAGUAAAACACAGUUAGCGAUUAAAAAGCCACACUAUCUUCUUCAAAGAGAAAAGACUCCGUUCUGCCACAGAAUAUGCACUGGCAAAAAUCUUCUGCUUCAGAGCAUCAUCAGCAGCCACGACCCUAUCAAGGUGUCCGUGUAAAAGAACCGGUGAAGGAGUUACUGAAGAGGAAACGUGGCAACAUUCAUAGUGUUAAUGCAGCUGCAGCGACAACGGUUGUUUUGCCCCAUCAGCCACUUCCAUCCUAUUCACCAAUUGGCCAGCCUUGCAUUGAUAUGGAUGUUACUGCCUCUUCAUUGCCAGUUACCGAUGAAGGGGCAUUAUGUUCUGGUUGGCUCUCUCAGCCUUCUCCAGCGACUCUACAGCCCUUAACCCAGUGGACAACAUACCCGGAUUAUAUGUCACAUGAAGCAGUCAGCUGUCCAUACACAGCAGACAUGUAUGUUCAGCCUAUGUGUCCCAGUUAUACACUUGUUGGACCCUCUUCAGUUCUGACUUACGCAUCCCAGCCACUGAUCACCAAUUUUGCGCCAAGAAGCACCACUCCAGCUGUUGUGCCGCAGCUGGAGGUGACAGACCAGCAAUCCCCUCUUACCUAUUUCCCAUGGGCUCAGCCCAUUUCUGCAUUACCAGCAUCUACCCUGCAGUAUCAGCCAGCUUCAUCCUCGCUUCCUGGGCCACAGUUCGUUCCACUUCCCAUUUCAAUUCCAGAGCCAGCCCCACAGGAACUGGAGGAUGCAAGAAGAGUGAUCAGCACUCUGCCCAUUGAAAAGCUACUUCUAGAAGAUGAAGACAAUGAUACGUAUGUUUUAAAUCACACUCUCUCUGUUGAAGGGCUUUAAAGUCUUAUAUAUGGGGCCUGAUCCUACAUUUCUUGUUCACCCAAAACUCCAAGUGAAAUCAAUGAGAGUUUUGAGUGUACAAGAAAAACAGGUUUGGGCUAUUUAUUUUCUUAAGAUUUUUGUUGUCAGUCACCACUAAUGUUCUCUGAAUAUGAGAUUUGCACUCAGGGUGAAAUUUACUUGUGCGCACAGGACUAGCACGAGACUCAUGUAUUGCUAAAGUCGCUUUUAAUCCUUCGUAGUAGAAAUUUUGCAGUGCAUAGUUCUUGUUCUGGCCCUCUGCAAGGAGUAAAUUUCACCGUCAUAUGUGGAACAUGGGCUCCAACUGACCUGGGUUUUUAGUAACAUAUUUGCUAACCCUGCAGUGUCUGAUUGUAGCAUUUGGAUACACAUAUCUUAAGGGUGUCUUAGAGGGUUUACUUUACAAGCCAUAUUUUCUUGAGCUGUGUGUAACGGUCACACAACUAUAUCUUUACUUUGCUCAGAUAGAGGAAAAGACCCCACUAUCUGUGCUUAAUAAAUCUUUUUGAAAAAGGCCAGCUUUAGUGUGGGGCCUGAAAUGAGAUGGUCCUUUAAUUGAUAACACGAUUGAAAAAUUUCAUUGUAUGGUUAUGAAUAUUUUUACUCCUGUGAUAGCACCAAUUGUUAGCCAGUUGGAAGACCAGUAAAUAAGCAGAACUGGUGAGAUAUGUGUUAGUAUGAAAAGAGGUCACCAGCCAGAGAGGAACACAAAAUUACAUAGGCAAAGAAUUGUACAGUUGCUUCUUAAUUUCAUUUUACUGAUCAUUCUUGCAAAAUGUGCAGACUUGUCUUCAUGCAGAGCUCUAGCUCAGUGUGAGAGGGGUAAUUGGACUGAUGCAUUUUCAGCAAUCAGUAUGUGAAAUGUUCCCCUUUAAAACUGGGAGAGUUGUAUUUUACGGCUGCCUCAUGAUGUGUGUUGCACUAAGAGACAGAACCUGGUCCCAAUGGGAUUGCAAGAUAUGGCCCUAUGUCGGGAGAUCAUUGAGAAGACUGGACCUUCCAAAAUUAGGAUGGGCGUCUGGCAAUACCGGCAGCACUGUCAUUCGGUCUCUUGUUCUUGGGCCUUAGUUCAGUUUACAACGAUGAUAAACAAUCCUAAAAUUGGAGACAGGUCAUGUUAAAUUAGAGACCUUUAAUAGUAGUUUAUCAACAUUGAAAGUUUCUCUGUAUUACAGUCUUUUAGAGUCACAGGCAUAUGCAGCAUAAUUAUUGCAUUUUGUUUUUUUUCAUUGGAAAACGAAUAGCAUAUACUGCCCCUUCUAAAGCUUUUGUAAAUAUCACUACUGGUGUUCCAUGGCAUCAUGCCACAGACAAAGAUAUUUGCAUGAGGACAUAUCCAUUUUUAACAUUUGUUAACUGUUUUCUUAAUAAACAAGGGACUCCUAGAUGAUGAACACAAUUUCUCUGGAUUUUUCUGCUUCAUAAAGCCCAAGAGCCUUAGAUGAUUAUAGCAUUUAGAACUAUUUUUGGAAUGAAUUGAUUCAAAGGGUUGUUACCUUGCAUCGGUUAACUAAUUGGUGCCCACUACUCCUCCUUCUACCCUGGCAAUAUUCCAAAUAACUUUACAGUUUUUGCCUGAGUGAGGACUGCAAAAUCGGGUCCAGUGUCUAUAAGACUUUCAAAGCAGGUUUCACUAUUGACAAAUCUAAAGGAUUUAAACAACAGAUCAUGCAAAUGAUCAUGAAGUUGUCUGAAAACUGCAGUAGUUUAGGCUUACUGUUAUUAGUGGCUUAAAUUUGCAGAAAAACCCAGCAAAGAAAUUAAUUAGAUGAGGCUUGAUGUACCACUGUGUUACUCCAGUUUUAUGCUGGUAAGAGAGUGACACCAGCAUAACACCAGGGUGGUGCAGUUGUGAAUCAGGCCUGUUUUUGCCAAGAUUUAUUUGAAACUUUUUUUUUUCAUUUCACUGUAUGUAAAAUCUCCCAGUUGUAUAUAAAGUGAUGAUGUGAUGUCUAUGGAUUUCUUUCUGGGUUGUUCUGUUAGAUUAAAAAAAAACAAUUUUCAAUAAAGAUCUACAGUAACUUUC